AUGACCUUCCGAAAGACGUUGGCGGUCCUCGCCGCCUUCGUCGGCCCUAUGCUCGCGCAGAAUGGGCAGUUCCCCGACUGCGCAUCCGGACCACUCGCCUCGAACAAGGUCUGCGAUACCACUCUCGAUCCGUACACCCGCGCCAAGGCUCUCGUGGAGGCAAUGAACCUGCAGGAAAAGAUUGCCAACUCCGAGGCCGAGGCCCCCGGUAUCCAGCGGCUUGGUCUCCCCAAGUACACCUGGUGGAACGAAGCCCUUCACGGCGUCGCACGCUCGCGAGGCGUCAGCUUCCGACAAAAUGGCGAGUUUAGCUACGCUACGUCUUUUCCACAACCAAUCACCAUGGGGGCCGCUUUCGACAUGGACUUGGUUGAGGGCUUUGCCAAUGUAACUUCGACCGAGGCGCGUGCGUUCAACAACGCUGGCCAAGCAGGCCUCACGUACUGGACGCCCAACAUUAACCCGUAUAGGGAUCCCCGAUGGGGCCGCGGCAUGGAGGUGCCCUCUGAGGAUGCGUUCUUCAUGAGCACGUACGUGAAACAUCUUAUCCCUCGUCUUCAGGGCGGCCUCCACGCCGAGCCGUACUUUAAGCUUGUCGCAACCUGCAAGCAUUAUGCCGGCUAUGAUAUCGAGAAUUGGCAAGGAAACGCCCGGUACGGAUUCGACGCCAAGAUCACCCAACAGGACCUCCGCGACUACCACCUUCUCCCCUUCCAGACGUGCGCCCGCGACGUAAACGCCCAGUCCAUCAUGUGCGCCUACAACGCCGUCAACGGCGUUCCGACCUGCGCCGAUGACUGGCUCAUGAACAAGCUGCUCCGCACGCACUGGAACUGGACCGAGGAGCAACAGUUCGUCACCAGCGACUGCGACUCGCUCAACAACGUGUUCCAGGACCACAAGUGGAAGGGGAUGAACGCCGCGCAGGUCGCCGCCGCGACCCUUAAAGCGGGGUGCGAUCUCGACUGCGGCGACUUUUGGCCGCGCAACCUCGGGCAGGCUUUCAACCAGGGCUUGUUCGAUAUCGAAACCCUCGACGAGUCGAUCGCGAGGCGGUUCGCGGCCAUGGUGAGGCUCGGCUACUUCGACCCCAAGGACAAGGUGCCGUACCGGCAGAUUGGCUGGUCGGAUGUGGCGACGCCGGAAGCGCGAGCGCUAGCUCUUCGCGCGGCCACGGAGGGAUUGGUCCUCCUCAAGAACAACGGGGCUCUCCCCAUCGAGAAGCCCGGCGGCGCGAUCAAGACUGUUGCCGUGGACGGCUUCAAAGAUGCCGGGUACACCGUCUCCACCGGCCGCGGCUGCGACGUGGGCUGCGGUAACGCGGGCCAGUUUAACGAGGCUUUGAACGCGGCCCGGCAGGCGGACGUCGUCAUCUUCGUGGGCGGGCUAGACGUGUCCAUCGAGGCCGAAGACAAGGACCGCAACGAAAUCACCUGGCCGGGUCAGCAACUGGCCCUCAUCAAGCAGCUGGGCGAGGCGGCUGCGGACAAGCCGUUUGUGGUGGUCCAGCUCGGCACGAUGCUUGACUCAACGGCGAUUGUGGCGGAUGCCAAUGUGGAUGCGUUGAUCUGGGGAGGUUAUCCGGGGCAAGACGGCGGAACUGCCAUUGCAAACAUCAUCUCCGGAGUGAGUGCGCCAGCCGGCCGACUGCCCGUCACGCAAUACCCCGGGAGCUACACCAAGGAUGUGAGGAUGACGGACAUGAAUCUUCGUCCGGGCCAAGGAAAUCCUGGGCGAACCUAUAAGUGGUACACGGGCACUCCCGUUUUCGAGUUUGGCCACGGCCUCCAUUACACCAACUUCAGUCUCGCCUUCGACCCCGACGUUAUCAGCGAACUCCCAACCACGUUUAGCACCGCCGACCUCGUCGCGCAGGAAUCGCAGGAGCUUUACAAGGACCUCUACCCCUUCACUUCGAUUCCGGUCAAGGUGACAAACGAAGGCGAGGUCACCUCGGAUUUCGUGGUCUUGGCAUUCCUCAAGGGUGAGUACGGGCCGGAGCCUUACCCGAAGAAGCGGCUCGUGGCUUUCACGCGCUUUCAUGCGAAAGGGGACCUCGUCCUGUUCCCGGGAAAGUAUAGCAUUGUGCUCGACAUUGACGACCAGGAUAUCUGGGAGUUUGCCAUUGAGGGCGAUGAUGAGCUGCUUGACUCCUGGCCGGCGAGGUGA